CCGGGCAAACCCCCUCGAUAAAACCCCUACCACCACAAAAACCGUCGCUAUCACAGCGGAUCACAACGGCCGCACUUCUUAGAAAGGCCAAGGCGAAGACAAGAACGCGAGGAACUACGUUCCCCCGGACGACGGUUUCCCAACAACCCCUACUCCUGCCAUUGGUACACAGACCGCAUCAGUUAUGCGCCUUUCCCCGCAUGGAAAACAUGGCCUCUCCCAAGUGCUAGAAACUGCUACAGCUACUCCGGCAAAUUCAUCAACUUGCGCCGGUGGUACUGCAGACUAGCCCUGCUAAGGGCCUUGGUUAGGAGGUCCGCGUGUUGCUCCGUUGUCGGAACGAACUUGACCGAAAUAUCCCCCGACCUAAACAAACCGCGGAUGAAAUGGAAUCUCACGUCGAUGCGUUUCGUGCGACUUGAGCUCAGGGGGUUCUGCACCAACGCUAUGGCCCCCCGGUUGUCCUCAAGGACCCGGAUACUGCUACCACUGGCCUCUGGGGCAGCAAACGAAAGCACAGCACGCACAAACAACGCCUCCUUGACGUUCUCCCCGGCAGCAAUGUACUCGGCUUCCGUCGAAGACAAAGACACGAUUCGCUGUGUCUUGCUACCAUGGCUGACUACGGAGCAGUGCACAUUGAACCAGGCCCUAACACAGGACGGACAGAAUCCCGGGCUCAGUCUGCUGGCGGCGUCUCAGACCAAAAACAAGGAGGCAUUGACACAGGACGGGGUUACGCGAGUUAUACGGGAGCUGCAGAAGAGCUUCGACUUCGUAGUGUGUGACAGCCCCGCGGGGAUCGAGUCAGGGGCGCGGCACGCCAUGUACUUGGCAGACGAGGCGGUGAUCGUCACCAACCCCGAGGUGUCCUCGUGCAGGGAUAGCGACAAGAUGGUGGGGUUCAUCGCCAGCAUGUCUAGGAGGGCGGAGGCGGGGCAGGCGCCGGUGCGGCAGACGUUGCUCGUCACCAGAUACGACCCCGCCCGGGCCGAGUGCAACGAGAUGCUCACACUGGCGGACAUCCAGGAGCUCUUGGGGCUGGAGGUUCUGGGGUUCUUUCCGGUGUCGAAGGCGGUGUUGACGGCGACUAACCUCGGGCAACCGGUGAUAGUGUCAGAAGGAGACGACGCGGCGACGGCCUACAAGGACGCUGUCGAUCGGUUCUUGGGGAAGACGGUGGACCUCAAAUUCGGGCAACCCAAACCCGCCGGUCUGCUCAAGAGAAUGUUCGGUUCUAGCUCGUGA